AUGACUGCGUUGACGCCUCAUAAAAAUUUAUUCAUCAUAUUGCUAUCAGUUUUGCAGUGUUUUACGAAUUCAUCGCUAUGCAGCCUCGCGCAGUCGAAUCCAGAGGAUUUUUCACAGAACAGCCAAACUACCCAGGAUGACCUAAACCAGCCGGCUUGGUACACUUAUAAUCACACCAUGAGAGAGGAUAGUUUCAUGUGGUCUCAAAGUGACCACACUAAUUCGAAUCAGGCAACGAAAAUUGAUGAAAAUCAACAGUCCCAAUUAAAAUUUUUAGAAAAUAAAAGCCGUACAAAAAGCGUUCAGGAAACCGAUGGUGCCAAUUCAAGCUUACAAUUAGAGAACUCCACUAACAGACCGUACAACGGAGAUGAAAUAAGAUUCAACACCAAUGUGAAUAGCGACACAUCGGCUAACAAUCCUAAACGAAUAUCUGAAAUCAAAUGUGAAGAAUAUGGACAAGCAGUGGGUAAAAAAGGUUGGGCACUAACUUUGGUGGGCACUGAGCAUGACGGUAUUCCUCUGAAUGAUGGGCGCAGCAAAUGCGGCGGACUGCAUACCCCUCUCAUUGUAGGUGGUACUAAAGCGCAGUCGGGUGAAUUUCCACACAUGGCAGCGCUUGGCUGGCCCAAUGAAGGUCAAGUCGAUUACCUCUGUGGUGGGACAUUGAUUUCGGAACGAUGGAUACUGACUGCAUGUCACUGUACUCGUGGGCAAGCGGGGAGUCCAUCUGUUGUGCGCUUAGGAGAUCACAAUUUAGGAGAGCGUGCUGAGGGCCAGAUUGUCGAGAUUAAGAGGAUACAAAGACAUCCGACAUAUAAACCUCCAGCUAUGUAUGCCGACAUAGCUCUGGUAGAACUCAAAAUUCCUGUUACCUUCACAGAUCAUAUAAAACCAGCGUGCCUCUACCCAGAGUACGAUGCUACACCUGCGCAAGCUUGGGCCACUGGAUGGGGUGGAAUUGAAAUAGGAGAACACAUGAAUGAAGCAUUACUGAAGGCUCGCUUAGACAUUUUAGACAAUGUUGCAUGCGCUCUUCGCCAUAAUAGUUCAGUAGCGGUUCCUCGUGGAAUCGUACCCAGCAUGGUGUGCGCAGGCGAUGUAACUGGCGGGUGGCAUUCUGAUACCUGCCAAGGAGACUCGGGAGGCCCUCUCCAAAUUGUCCAUCCAAUUAUUAGCUGCCUCUAUCAAGUGGUAGGCAUUACAAGCUUUGGGAAACUCUGUGCAUUGCGUGAUUUUCCUGGAAUAUACACUAGAGUUUCACAUUAUCUUGAUUGGAUAGAAAGAAUAGUAUGGCCCGAGAAAAUGCCUAACGAAGUAAUAAAUGCAGCUACAGUGUAAGCAUUGCACCACAAAUUGACGCUUCGCCAUAACUAGCAAUCGAUUCGCUAUUCUAAUAUAUAGGUA